AUGGACGAGCGCAAACGCGAGCGAGCGAGCGCAGAGGACAGAGAACUGGACGAGAAGGAGAACGCGUUUCACCUGAGACAGGCAAAACUGCGCGCGGACAUUCGCAUACGGGAGGGACGAGCGAAGGCGAUAGAUCUCAUCGCGCGCAAUGUGUUUGCGGAAACGUACAUUGAAUUCGAUGUGUUCGUGAAUCCGCUCACGGUGCUCAGCGGGUUGAGUCUGAGAGAGCUAGAGGAGACCAAGAAGGAGCUGCAAGAGUUGCGCGACCUCGAUACACGAGACGGGAAACGGCGAGAAUUUUGGACGGCAUUGAUAGCGCUGACGGAGACGGAGAUGACAGAAGAGCAGCAAAAGGAAGAGAUCGAGCGAGCGCGAGUGCGCGGGGAAGCGUCGGAGCGUGUGGAAGCGAGCAGCUUGCACGCGGAUAUCGAUGACGAUGUGGUUGAAAUUGUGAGCGGCAAAUCUGCGGCGGAAUUAGCCGAGCUCGAGGGCGAGAUAUCCGAGCAGAUACAAGGUCCAGACGCGAGCGAGGUUGAGUACUGGGGAGCAGUCUUAAAGCGAGUGUCUAUGGCGAAAACGAAGGCGAUCGUUGAAGAGAUGCACAAGUCGCUCAAGGUGAAAUUUGAGGGAGAGGAGAUCGAAGACGGCGGCCGCGCGAGAGCACGUAACGAACAGAGGCUCGCGGAAGAUGAGGGUGGCGACGACGAUCUUCUUGGGGCGGACUUUGGGAAACAUGUGGAGGAUGAGGACGGCCAUGGUGGUGAUGAUUCAGAAUGGAACGACGAUGGCGCUGAGGCGAAAGUCAAGCCCGAAUACGCCCCGUCGCUGUCCCCGAUGCGUCUUACAGAGGUUGAGGAAGGCAUCGAAAUCAUCGAUAUAUCUCAAGAAGAGGCUAAUCUCACCCGUCUUCGGGAACAGGAGCGGAUCCGAAACAUGUCCCGCUUCAAGAAGGUUACGUCAGAGAACCGCGUGCUUAGAGGAAAGACGGAGGACGAUGUUUACAACGCAUUCAAACAAGCCGGAGGGGCUCAUCACAACACUGGUGUUCUCGGAAAUCUCAUCACAGGUACAACAGACUUCAAGGACAUUGAGAAACAGGUCGAUCGCAAGGCAAAAGACUUCGCUGAGCGCAUGAUGGGCGCUACUGAGGAUGGCGACGAGAACUUUGGCGACGAAGCUGAAUUGGAGUCCCAGGCUUAUUGGUGGCACGACAAGUAUCGUCCACGCAAGCCAAAGUAUUUUAACCGCGUGCAUACUGGUUAUACGUGGAACAAAUACAAUCAGACCCACUAUGACUCGUCGAACCCUCCACCAAAGACAGUUCAGGGGUACAAGUUUAACGUCUUCUACCCGGACCUCAUCGACACAUCGAAGGCUCCCACAUACAAGAUCGAACCAGAUGGCUCGGCGAACGCCGACACAUGCUUAUUGAAAAUAUCAGCCGGUCCACCGUACGAAGAUAUCGCGUUUAGGAUCGUCAACAAAGAGUGGGAACACAGCCACAAACGCGGUUUCCGCUGCACUUUCGAGCGAGGAAUCUUCCACCUCUACUUCAACUUCAAACGACCGAGAUAUCGACGAUAG